UGUGAACUUCAACUUAAGUGAUUUUAUUUUAUAGAAUAGUGUAAAUUUGUUAUAUCCACAAGAUGAAAAAUAAAUCUGUACGCCACAAAGAAUUAAAUACUUUUAAGUUUAUACCAUUUUCCGAGCGCAUAUCUAAUAUCGAUGUGGAUAUUUUCCAUAAAGUUGGUCAUGAAUAUGAGACACAAACUGAGGAAAACGAGUCUUAUUUUUACCAGGCUAUCGAUAAAUGGAAUGUGUUGAAUUUAAGUGAAGGUUAUGAAGCAUUUCGUAAAGAGAUACGAGCAAAUGGUUAUAUUACGUUACCUCAAGUAUUGCACUCUAAGGAUCAUAUAAUUGAAGUGUUAACUAAGCAUUUAAAACUGAAAAACCCUUUGUGUCUUCAACCCUUGUUAGAGAUCGUUGUAGCAGUAGCAAAAGAUUUACAAAGGGAGUUCUAUCAGUAUUAUCCACAACUUCUAGAAAUACUAAUUGAGCUGUUAAACACCAAAGACGCAGAACAAUUGGAAUGGACUUUUACAUGUCUUGCUUAUUUAUUUAAAUUUCUUUCGAGAUCAUUAGUGAAAGAUAUAAACAACGUUUUUAACACCCUCCUUCCGUUGUUGUCUGAUAAUAAGCCUGACUAUAUAAAUAGUUUUGCGGCUGAAAGUUUUGCUUUUGUCGCAAGAAAAGUCCGAGACAGAAAAGCAUUUCUUACUUUGUUGUUAAAGGCGGUGAGGAGCAAACAAGAUGGCGUUGCGGGUUGUGGGAAAUUACUUUUUCAUGUCGUUAACGGAAUCGACGGCCACUUUCAUAGUUCCGCUGAAACGAUGCUUCCGUUUUUAUUCUUGUCACUGUUCGAUGAGAAGUUGCCUCAAAUUGUUCUCUUCGAAGUUUUGGAGCAAGUUAUAGCAAACAUCGUCGUGAACAUUCAUCCUCAGAAAGGUCUGUUGUUGUGGUCUGUUUUUAUAAAAAUUUUAGAGAACCUUACCGAAACAUUGCGAGCAAAGCCAGAUGAAAAGGUUACUACGAAUAUUGAACUGACAUUGAAACUGGUAGGUCAAAGUAUUGAGUAUAAAGGAGGGAAGUUUCUGCAGGAUCCUGUGCCGUUAAUUCAAAGUUUAAUAAAAUUAUUAAAUUGCAGUGAGCUUACGGAACCCGUUUUGUUAAUCGUAGCUCAAAUUGGUAUUGUACUGUUGCUCUCAAAGCAUAUUAGAAUACCACAAGAACACGCCUCGGGUUUAAUUAGAAAAUUAUUGUCUCUUCCCCACAAAUCGGUACUGUUGUAUUUCAUCGAUCAAAUCAGUGAAUAUGCAUCAUUCGAAGCCUUAAUCUUGCCGAGUUUCUUGAAGUAUUGCCUGAAAAAUAAUUUGGACUUUGAUUGUUUUCGUUCCUUGACAAAGCUCGUGUUAAAAAAAUCACCGCUCUGCGAAAGCGGCAUAAAACUGGACGAAUGGAAUAAGUAUCCGCUGGAUUUUAAAGAAAAUAACCAACAAAUUAUAAACGUUUUAAAAGAUUUUAUAACCGUAAGUGACGUAGUUCCAGGAAAUUUUGAAAAUUACUUUUGCAGUUUGAUUUGUUUGCCGCAUUUGAACAUUAAAGAAAACACAGAAUUAUCGGAAAUAUUGAAGAGUAAUACAAAUUCCUUGAUCGAAAGGAUAAAAGGCAACGAUGAUGAAAGACAGUUAAAAAAAUUAUUAUUUGUACUUAACGGUACGGUGGAAUGUUUGAUCCAUUUAUCGGGAAGUGCCGUGGUAGCCACAAUUUUCAAUGAAAUUGCUGAUUGUUUAUUGAACUUGGCACAAAAACCCCAGUUUAUUGUCAGUUUGAAGCUUUUAAGUUUAUGUUUUACAACGUUGAGGAAUAAUAGAGAUUUAAUCACAAUGGAGACGUUAAUGAAAAUUAAUACAGCUUUGGAGAAGAAUUUUAGUUCCCCCUUUCACGAGGUUCGUUUGCUGACGUCUCACAUUUACACCUUCUUCGACACCCUUUCAGAAUUUAAAUUAAGGCACUCCACAGACCCGGAAGUAAAAGCAGAAGCCUGGAGAGUGUUUUCUAUUAUUUACAACGUCGAAUCGAUAGAACCUCACGUUCACACGUACCGAGAUCAGUUACAAAAUCUCGAAAAACUUUCCUUCGACAAACCGCAGAUGCUGAUGUGCCAACAAACGGAUUUCAAGACCAUACCGCUGAGGUAUUUAUGCGGUACGCUGUAUAUAAAUUUCCAGGUCUUGUGGGUACCCAUCACAAAAAUUAUUACCUCGCACGCGAAGGGCUCGGAAGUAAAUAUUUUUUGGGUCGUGUUCGGUGAGGAAUUGAGGAACGUUUGCGAUAACGUUAAAAAUCCCAAGGAAAUAGCCGUCACCGAUCUCGAAGGAAGCACGUGCGAUUUUUUGGUGGAGAUGUUCAGAGAAAGUCAGAAAUUGAACGUGAAGCCUGAUUUCACUAAUUACCGACUGAUGCUGUGGAAGGCGAUGUCUAUGUUUCCCGAAGUAGCGGAGGCUAAAACUAGGGACGUUUCGGAACUGUUCCUGGAUUUCGUGGGGACAGAAUAUAUGAAAGCCAACUCCGAUGUUGGUUUGGUGUGUAGCAUUAAGGAAAACUCUAAAGAACACAUCAACGAUGAAGAAGCCAACGACUUAGAAGACCAAGAUGUGUUAAGAGAAACUUCAAAUGCUCCGUCGAGACCUAGAAACAAAGCAACCAUAAGGACACUUCUGUGUAAAUUAAACGUGUUCUCUCAAAUCCGAAGCCCCAUGUCCAUGUACCGCGAACCCGACCUGUACAAACUCUACUUCGACCUUCUACAACACAGAGACGCCAACAUUCAAAAGGCCGCCCUGGAUUGCAUCUUAACUUACAAACACAAAUACUUAACACCUUACAAACAGAACUUAUAUAACUUGGUCGACGACAAAAAUUUUAAGAACGAAAUAACCACAUUCCGUGUAGACAAAGAGAGUAACGUUAUCGUUCCAGAACAUCGACAGAAUUUGAUCCCCGUUAUAAUGCAAAUAGUGUUCAGCAAAAUGAGCGCCAAAACCGGUUUAAGAACCGGAGGCAAAGCGUCCAGUCAACUGAGGCGAAAUCUCGUCCUGAGGUUCCUAGCGGGAUGCGAGGAAAGCGAGAUGUUGAGCUUCGUGGAGAAAGCUUUCCGGUUUUACGGGAAAUUCCUCCAUAACGACCCCGAAAUACUAGUCGGUUCCAUAGUUAGAGACCUGGAUCUUGAAAAAUUUAUCCCGCCGAAGAGGCUACAAAGCACGGUUAAUUUAUUGAACGUGAUUUUGGAACAAUUUGGCGGCUUGAUGGGCGAUAAGCUUCUGAGUUACCUCCUCGACAUCGUUCUCGUCGUCGGGGCCUUAGUCAAAGCGGCGUUCGACAGAAACGAGCAGAUACACGCCGGAUUCCUACCGAUAUUACGAAACGUACGAACGUCCUGCGUAAAAAUAGUAAGCAGGUUUUUUGAGCACUUCGAGAGGUACCCCUGGUCCAACAAGCAGAUCAACGCGAUAUUCACCGCGUUCGUCUGGCCCUACUUGGACAAGUUGAACGUUGAGGGCAUCCACAGCCCGACGACUCUGUUGAAGUUGUUUUUGCAGUGGGGUUCCAACCCCAGGUACUUUCCGUUACUCGUCAAACACGAGGAGGGAAACGCGGACCGAUAUGUGUUACCCCACGUGGUGCAGUUACUGUUGAACGAAAAGAGUCACGUCACCGUCGUAAACGCUAUCGAGGAAAUGCUGGAAAAGAUGUUAAGUCUGCAGCCGGACGAGGAAGAUCGGCGGUUAGCGAUACCCGUCGAUAAUUUGUUGCCGGUCCGAGCGGAUAUCUUGAAGAAAAUCGGGGUGAUCGACCAGUUAAAUUACGGCAGCUGCGUUUUGCUUCCGCACGUCCCGCGGGUUCUUGACAAGAUCAAGAGGAAACUGGCGGGUAAAUCGAAGAACUUGAACCAGAGGGAGUUGUUCGUUCUGUCGAGGGUAUCGGAGCUGGUUUGGGAAGCCGAUAUAAGCGACACGAUUUUGCAGCUGCUUCUCCCCGUCGUUUUGAAAAAAUGCAACGGUCCUGUCGGCGAGGAAGUUGUCCUGAAGUUCCUCACCACGAUACUGAAUCUAACCAAGAACGUUGACAAGCCUGAGAUUCAUUUGAAGGAAAUAUCUCCCUUGUUCGGGGAAAUAUCGUUCCCUUCGUGCAGGAAGAUUUUGACACAAGUGUUGGAUAUCGUAGCCGGUAAAUCGAACGACGAAAACCUCAGGAUCGCUUCCGAACUGAUACAAGAACUAAACGCGUGGGAUUGCAAGUGGAUCGAUCAACCGGACUUCGAAAGACGGCACAACGCGUUUAAAAAGGUUCAGGAACUCAUCGCCGAGGAUAAAAUAGAAAUACGACUCGGCGUAUUAUUAAUUCAUAACCUCUACUUUUCGUUGAAGAACGAGAAAGACUUGUCGUUACGCGAGAACUCGACCCACACCUUAAAACUAAUCUGCCCGGCUCUGAUCAACAAACACCAAAACGUACACAAACAUAUCGACUAUAUUUUAAACGACACCAUUUUCACGCUUAUCAGAAGCGGGAUGAAAAAUUCAAAGAGCGACAUCCGCAACGACUGCAUUUCGUUACUCGGACACCUGGCUAGGGAGUGUCCGGAAAGCCACUUCAUCUUGAGGGACCUGCACAAGUACACCAACAAAAUGGACUUGGAAGUGGACUUCUUCGAGAACCUGACGCACCUGCAGAUUCACAGACACGCCAGGGCCCUCCUGAAGUUCUGUCAGAUCACGAAGGAGCAGGUCGCACCGCCGAAUCCAAGAACUUUAACACAGUUCGUCCUUCCUCUAGCCUCGUUUUACUUGUGCGCCGAGAAGUACUCGUCGAAGAACAGUAUCGUGGACGCCGCAAUCGAAACUAUAGGCGUCGUGUGCAGGAUCUUACCGUGGCAUCAGUACGAGGGCCUCCUCAAGUAUUACCUGACCAGACUGAGGUACAAAGUCGAGUACCAGAAGCAGCUGGUCCGGCUCACGGUGGCUAUUUUGGAUGCUUUCCAUUUCGACCUCAGUAAAGGUCAUCCGAGCGAGGAGGGCGCGGGAAUUAACGCGGAAGUACUAGUGCAGGCAGGGCAGAAGGAAGAAGAGGAAAAGAGAAACGAUGAAAACGUUAAUGAAGUUGAUGUGGAUGAAGAAUUGAAGAUUGACGACACUGAAGACGUUGAAGAAGAGGAAGAUGGGGAGAACGAACAAGGCGAUGCCGGUGAAUUAGUGAAGAUUUGCGAGAAAACUGCGGUGUUGUGCAAGUCGACGGCCACUAGAGUCAUCAGGACCAUCCAGUUGGUACUUUUACCUCAGCUACACAAAUCGUUAGCGGAACUGACGCACCACGAUUCCUCUCACAAACUAAACAGGAGGAAGACGGGGUCCGAGAGAGAAGAGGAAGAUCUGUUGAGGGUACCGAUCUCUCUGGCUGUCGUUAAGCUGUUGCAAAGGUUGCCCGUCCAAAUUCUCGAGUCGAAUUUACCGGGGGUAUUUUUGAAGCUGUGCACUUUCCUCAAGUCUAAGUUAGACAGCGUCCGGAGGACGGCUAGAGAGACUCUGCAGAAAAUAAUGUUGACGCUGGGGCCAAAGUACUUAAGCUUGCUGCUGGCCGAGAUAACGCCCCUGCUGACUAGAGGCUUCCAAGUUCACGUCCUGGUGUACACCCUACACGGGGUGCUCCAUUGCUUGAAAAACCUGUACCAGCCAGGCGACAUCGAUAAAAUACUACUGUCCGUGUUGAACCUCUGCACGGCGGAUCUCUUCGGAACGCUCUCCGACGAGAAGGAAGUGAAGAAAAUCACCGUGAAGGUAUUCGAGGCGAAGUCCACGAAAAGCUACGACACGCUCCAGAUCCUAGCUCAGUUCGUUACCCAGUCCUGCUUGCUGGACCUGCUCCUGCCGCUGAAACGAGUUCUAGAAACGUCGCACUCUUUCAAAACCACCCACAAGGCGCAGGAAGCUCUGAGAUACGUCGCCUUGGGCCUGGUGGACAAUUCCUUCGUCUCGGUAGAGUCGCUGCUGAAGUUCGCUUACGGCACCGCUUCCGAGAGCAUUCCCCAGUUGGUUACCGCGAAGAAAAAGUCGCUUACCGAGAAGGAAAGGGAGAAACUGCGAAGGGAGAAGGAGGACUGUUUUGUUAUUCCGAAAGUCCCGGGUAACAGGACCGCGUACAGGGAGCAGAACGUGAGGAUCUCGGCGCAGACCAACGCUCACUUGCUGGUGGAGUUUGGGCUGAGGCUGUGCUUUGUGAUGCUGAAGAGGGACAAGCUGAGGGAUGAGGACUAUAAGCCUUUCAUCGAUCCGUUCGUGGCGGUGUUUCAGAGGUGUCUCAAGUCUAAACACGUCAAGCUUAGCACCUUAACUCUUCAGUGCCUCAGCUGGACCAUGAGGUACGAUCUGCCCUCUAUGAGAGAGCAGGUCAAAUCGAUCACGAAGGACAUCUUUGCCAUCCUCCACAAGUACGCUUCGGCUGGAUUGAGCAAAGGCGACAACUUUGAUUUGGUCGUGGCUGCUUUCAAGGCGAUGGCCGUUCUUGUCAGGGACGUAAAACACCACACGAUCGACACAAACCAACUGAAAGCGUUACUCUUGUACGCGGAGCAGGAUAUGCACGAUCACGACCGACAGGCCACGGCUUUCACUCUGUUGAAAGCGAUAAUUGCGAGGAAACUAAUAGUCCCGGAGAUAAACGAUGUGAUGGAAAAAGUGGCGGAUCUCAGUAUAACCUCCGAGUUGAGUCACGUCAGGGAACAGUCCAGGGUGGUUUUCCAUCAGUUCCUAAUGGACUACCCCCUGGGGAACACCCUGGAAAAGCAUUUGGGGUUCUACGUUUCCCAGAUGAGUUACGAACUCCAAUACGGCAGAGAAUCGGCCAUUGAAAUGAUACGGACGCUGAUAAAUUCCUUCCCGUUGGACGUCUUGAAAACACACAGCGGGACGUUGUUAAUAACGUUGGGUGCCAGACUGGUUAACGAUGAGAUCCCCGAAUGCAGGAAAAUGAUCGCCGACGCGUUGUCUUCGAUGCUGCAGAAGUUGCCCAAGGCGGACCGGGACCCGCUUUUCGAAAUCGUUACGCUUUGGUUAAACGAUAAACAUGUGAGUCACCGUCGGCUCGCCGCACAGCUCUGCGGCCUCUUCGUGACCGUCGAGAAGAGCGAUUUCGAAAGCAGACUGGCCGUUCUCACUCCCCUACUACUGAAACAGUUCGGACUGAACAAUUCCCCGGGAAAGUUCGUCAAACUCAAAAAAGACGAUGAAUCGACAGACGCGGAAUACCAGCGAGUCAAAGACCACCACCUCUUCCAAGUUCUGCAGCUGCUGUUGAAAAUCUGCGCGCAGUGCCCUUCGUUCUUAAAACAAACGCACACCGUCGAAUCUCUGGCCUUGCACGUACAAACGUUGCUGGCGUAUCCGCACGACUGGGUAAGGUUAGCGGCGGCGCAGUUUCUCGGGUUCGUUUUAUCGGCUUUGGACAUCGAACGUUUGUCGUACUUGAUCGCCUUGAACGGAUCCGACGACGGUUACCUUUACAGCGACCCCGUCAACGCCGUGAAAUCUUUGACCUUGGACUUGUGCGAUCAGCUGCAAGCGGACGGUAUCAAAAGCGACUUAGCGGAGCAAGUCGUGAAAAACUUGGUGUUCGUCGCGAGGGUGUUGCCCAAAGCUUCCGACGGCGAUACGAAAAUCAGUCUGCUGUGGCUGACGAAACGUAUGCGGAAAGUGGUGAAUGCCGAGAUCGUCGCGAAUUCCACCAGCACCGUUCUGCGGACGGAAGUGUUCAAAUGGGUAGCGGGCGUGGGGAUGGCCUUGGAAGUUGAGGCUAUCAUGCCGGUUUUGCACCAUUUGCUGGCGCCGUUGGUGAGGGAAAUGAUUACGACGGAAGAGAAGAACGCCCCGCUCCGGCAGUUGUCCAAGGAAGUGGCGAAUCUCAUCAAGAAUAAAGUCGGCAUGGAGGCCUACACCUCUACUUUGUCGAGGCUGCAACGAACUUUAUCCGUGAAGAGGGCGGAGAGGAAAAGGAGCAGAACUCAGUUGGCGGUGACCAAUCCGGAAAUGUUCGCUAAGAAGAAGAUUAAGAGGCACGAGAAGAAGAAGGAGUCGAAGAAGAGGAAGUUGGCCGAGAUGAAGGGGACGAAGAAGAGUUUUAAAAAGAGGAAAGUUAUGGAGUUGGACAGUUCGGAGAUUAUGUGACGUUCGACGGGCGAAGUAGCGACGUUUCGUUCUUUCGAGGGAUUUUUAAAAGUAAGUGCGCGUUGACGGGGAUGUAACACAAAUAAGUGUAAAAAACGAAGUAUUUACGAGGAAAACAAACUAAUUCGUGUUAUUCCGUGAAAAUUUUUACCGUUUUCUUUGAAAAUUUUUUUAUUGCUCAAUUUUUCACCAAAAAAAUCUCAAAUAUUUCCAGCACUACAUAUAGUAUACAGCUGCGGACAAAAAAAGGUUUCCUAUUUACGUUUUUUGACCAGUUUUGUACUUGAAACAUUUUAUAUGGGAACAUUUUUUUGUCCUCGACUGUACAAAAGAUACAAAGAUUAUAGAAAAGUUGUGAUACUUAUGUUGUUAUUGAUUUUUAUUCAAAAUCAAUAAAGUAAAGAAAAAAGUAACUCUUUUUUAUUGAUACC